AUGUACAUAACUGCCAAUCAUAUUUCUACCAAAUCAUUUGCUCCCUAUGGCUCUAUAAUAUCUCCAGAUGACGAAAUAGAACGGCUGUCCAGAAUGACAGGACAUACAGAAAAUAACGCUAACCAAGGGACUGCAAUAAAAAUAACUUCUGUGUCAACUGUUGAGAAUACUUCAACAUCCAAUGUUCCAAAUAUUAACAUAUUUCGCUGUUUUGUAAGGAAAAUUAUCAAAAAAGAUCAAGAUAUUUCUGUUGUUGUACCGAUUUUAGAACAACAUCCAAAUAGUUCCCAAACAUUUAUUCCAAUGGGAAUCUCGAAUAGCAAUAUUUCGCAUGUUGUUGUCGUUGCAUUACGAGACCCUAAGAAUCCCAAUCAACCGGAUUUAUCAACAGUUAAAGCAUUUCUAUGUAAAGGAAACCAAGGUGUAACUUAUGGACUCGGUAUUUGGCACGCACCCAUGAUUACUCUGGCAACAAGAUUAGAGACAAAAUUUGUUGAUUUCGCAGUAGUUAUUUAUGAAGAUAAGGUCCACCCUGAAUUAAAUUGUGUUGAACAUUACCAUGAAGACCCACUUUAUAUCACUAUCGAUUCAAGUUACAGUAAUUUAUAA